CCCGCCCGGACGCGGGGCUCCCGCUAUCAUGGUUUCUCGUGGGGUCAUUGGCAUUUUCCUCUUCUCUGCUCUCCCCCUCUUGUGUCUAGAGCUCCGGCGUGGGAUCCCGGAUCUAGGAGUUAAAGAUCUAAUUUUGCUGUGUGGCCGGAUUUUCUUACUACUUGCUCUUCUUACUUUAAUUAUUUCUGUGACUACCUCAUGGCUUAAUUCAUUUAAAUCUUCCCAAGUGUAUCUGAAAGAAGAAGAAGAGAAGAACGAAAAAAGGCAAAAACUUGUCAGGAAAAAACAACAAGAGGCACAGGGUGAAAAGGUCAGCAGAUACAUGGAGAAUGUUCUAAAACCUCACCAGGAGAUGAAAUUGAGAAAACUGGAAGAGCACUUCUAUCAGAUGACGGGUGAAACUUGGAAAUUAAGCAAUGGUCAUAAACUUGGGGGUGAUGAAGAAUUGGUGCUUGAAAAUGGGAGUCAGACAUCUUUUGAAACAUCAAACAGCAGAGAAGCAGCAAAGAGACGGAACUUGCCUAAGCCUCUAACCAAAAUUUCACCAUCUGCUGAACAGCCCACGCAGAAGGAGGUUCUUCAUCUACCUGAAGAACCUCCUGAAACAGCUGACGAAGUAGUUGCUGUUGCUCUUCGAUGUCCAAGUGGGAGGGUCCUGAGAAGAAGGUUUUUUAAGUCUUGCAGUUCACAGGUCUUAUUUCACUGGAUGAUGAAAAUCGGGUACCACAUAUCUCUAUACAGCCUUUCUACUUCCUUUCCCAGAAGGCCUCUGGAAGUAGAGGAAGGCUGGUCCCUGCAGGACAUUGGAAUAACUAUGGAUACUGUACUCAAUGUGGAAGAAAAAGACCAGAGCAACUAAUUAAGAAAUGAGAAUGACCUGUUUUACAUAAAAUCAGUUAUGCCAUGAUCUUACAGGACAAUAAAGGUUUCACAUUAAAACCAUGCCAUACCUUGAUUGAGCUCAAGGCAAUAAACACUUUAAUGUUGAUAUCCUCAGGAAUGUAUGGACACGAAGGAUUAGAAAAGGAUUGCUCUCUGCAUAUAAUAGUUUUUGGAAUGUGCCGUCAUAAUGUACCAUCUGAAAACUAGAUAAAAAUGUGUACAGUAAGGCA